ACUGCGGUUGGUGGGUGCGCCAGUGGCGCUAGUAGGGUCGUAGGGUUUCUGUCGUGACCACCGUGGUCGUGACAAAACAGGUGAAAUGAGCUAGAGAACCAACAAUCCCUGCUCUGCAUUUGUGUACAGCGCUUUGAGCUGCAGUUUAUAAUCGCUGUUGCAUCAGAGUUGCAUUUGUAACAUAGCGUCCAUAGCGCAUAGCUGGCGAGUCACCGUCGUCACCGUGUGCCAACGAUAAACUAUGGCUGAACUGCCGCAGCUGGGUAAACAUUGUCACGUGGAGUCGUGCAAUCGUUUAGAUUUCCUGCCUUUCGAGUGCGCACAUUGCAAGAAAAUAUUUUGCAACGACCACAGGACAUCCGACGCCCACGUUUGCGACCAAAUAGAGACGCAUGUGCUCACCGACAGCCAAGCAAAGAACAGCAAGACUGGCACACUCUUCGGCUGCACUUUUGGUGACUGCAAACAGAAGGAGCUAAUGCCCGUUGUGUGUACCCUCUGCAGUGACAACUUUUGUGUGCACCAUCGCCAUGCGCAGGAUCACAAGUGCAAGUACCUCGCGUCUCCGUCGGAGCACAUGCCACUUACCACCCAAGUGGUGCAAAAAAUACUAGAAGCAAAGAAACCCAGUGAGAAGCCUGCAUCAGCCAGAGCAAACAUCUCUCCAACAGCACAGAAAGUCAAGUUGAUGAGAAUGAAAAUGCAUGCUGCAGGAGAAAAGAGCAUCCCUCUAGUCGACAGAGUUUACUUUGAAGUAUACCUUCCAAAGGGUCACAAAGUACGUUCAAAGCCUUACCACUUUUCUAAGUUGUGGACAGUGGGACGAGCAAUUGAUAGCACUGCAAUGAUAGAAAAGCUACCCAAUCAGAACAACAGGGCAAGUGAAAAGAAGUUGCUGCUUUUUCACGGCAGUAGCCUAAAAGCUCUUGGACUGAGUGAAGACUUCGAAAGCUUGCUUGGUUCAAAACUGUUAAACGAGGCUGAAGCCCUUAUCCUGGAAUACGUCUCUCACAACUGCGAUUCCUUAGCAGCUGAUUAUCAGUAUCAUGAAACCUGAA